AUGCCACCGGCCACCCGCUAUCAAUGGCUUCCCGGUCCAGUAGGAGAUAUGCUCCGCCCAGCCAUGGCCACCACCGCCACCGUACCGCUCAGUGGAUACCUCAUCAUAACCACUGGUCACGUUGGCGUGGACCUGAAGACUGGCCAGUUGGUGACGAGUUCCGUCGAAGCCGAGUUCAACGCCGUCUUCGACUGUCUCGACGCUGCCCUCUGCAAUGCUGGCGCACCGCGGGGCUUACAAGAUGCCCACAAACUCGUCGCCUACUACAUUAGGGCCGAGGACGAAAAGACGCUGGUUGAUAUCUUCAAGAAGAGGUACCCCGGCCACUCUCCAACGUGGACUUCGGUGGUUGUUAAGGCCCUGGCCAACGAAGGUGUCCAUGUAGAAGUACAGGCAGAGGCAGCAAUUUAUACCUGA